CACAAUAUGAAGAAUUAUCAAGCCCUCAGUUUGCUGUUAUCAACCUCAGCCUUCGGCUUCGGUUGAUAACGGCAAACUUCAGGUUUGAUCAUUCUUUAUAUCGUGCUCAACCUCAUUCAAAAAUUGUUAAGUAAUUAUUAAUUUUGUAUCACAAUGAAUGUUUGUGCUGAAUGUUUAUGACAAUGUGAACUCCAGCUGUUUUAAACAGGCUGAAUAGGCUAGCCACAUGUACGCAGUGCGUACCUGUUUUUGUACAUUUUUAUUAUACAAUUAGCACAAUUCUUAGACUAUUGAACUUUGCAGUUGUGUAGCCAUUUUCGCUUUUUAAAAAUUUGUAAUACAGCUGUAAUUCUUUUGCCAAGAGCAGUAUUUAAAGUCUAUUAUUAUGAUACCGAAGGUCGAGCCCAAUAUUGAAGUCGAGACUUAAUAUUUUGCCAUAUUGGGCGACAAUGAAUUCAAACAGGUGUUUUAUUAUAUCGAACAUAAAAGUUCUUUGUAAGCGAUAACAUAUUACAGCCAAAAUAAUACACGUGGGCGGCGAAUUUGAUUAAAUCACUAAACAAGAAAGUAACUAACUUCGUGCCGCUUGUAUAAAACUCUUAUACUUUUUAACCCGACUAUUUUGUAUUUAAAUAGUAGUAAACUUUAAAAUACGCGAUCUUGAUUAGUUAACUUACGCACCAACUGUAGUUAAUUUUAACUACUUUUUUAUACUAUUGGCCCCUAGUUUUCAACAACAAUUCUACAUAAAAAAAACUCAAUUCCAUUCAGUAAGUCUGUUUUAAAGGUGAUGUGACCUAAUUUUAAUGAAAAAUUAUAUAUCACUAACCUGGCGAUUGUUGUAAACGAAUAAAUUUCGCAAAGACAAGUUUUUCCGCGCUUCUAUAAUUUUCACCAAAGCUGCAGGGUAGAAAUAACUGUGCCUAAAUAAUGUUCCAAAUCCUUUUCAUUACUUUGCGAUCUCAUUUGUUUUGUGUUUGAAAUUGGCAAAGCACCUGAAAAGGUUUGAUCAACCAGGAAAACAGCCAUGUUAAGCUACUGUUCAAUAUAUAUGCUCCUGUCCUACAUCGUAAAAUGUGGGACAAACACGUUACCCUGUUGAAGACUCGUGAUUGGUCAAUUGCAUGCAUGUGAGCAUUUAAUAACAGCUCAUUUAGUCGUGUAAAGUGAGUAGCGAAAGUAAGAUGGAUUUUUGAUUGGAGAAUACGUAACAGACGAAUUUUUUUCAUCCGUCUGUAGUUAAAAUCUGACCAUUCUCUUUUUGAUUUAGGAAAUGACAAUCCAAUGCUUGUAUCUGCGUCAUUUGAUGGAACUUUAAAGAUUUGGGAUGCAAAAAAGCAUCAAGAAAUCCAUACCCUCCGUGGUCAUAAAGGCGAGAUCUAUAGUGUUGCUGUGAGUUCUGAUACGAAGCGUAUUAUCUCCGGGGGUCAGGAUAUGAUUAUGAGGUUGUGGUGUUUCCACACUGGGGAAUUACUUUCCUGUUUUGAAGGUCAUAGCGAUCCAAUCAAGUGAGUUCAUAGACCUUGGCACCUUUCUGACAGCGCUACCAUUCUCCCAAUAGGGACCUUUAGCAUGAUGGACGGCAAGGCGAAGAUCAAAACAAAUUCCUUCAAAUAAAUAACUUUAAGGAAAACUUGUCGUGUAUUAUUCGUUGUACAAAUUUAAUACAGUUUUAGGAGGUUAAGAUGGGAUUUAUAUUUGAGAAUAUACAAGACGUAAAAUCAUUAGUUUGUUAUUUGUAAACAGGGCGAGGAAGACAUUUAAAACUCCCAAGGGACAUUUACAGUAAUCAUUUCUUUAUAACCCUAUCAUGAAUUUCAUUGUAUUAAUAGCGGUCGCCGUCCUGCUGGCUAAAGGUCCCUAAUAUAUGCAGUUGUCAGAUUAUAAUUUCACCGCAGUGUGUGCUUCCAUGCAGUUUUACUCUACCAAACGCCACUGCACACGUUCUCUGGGUACUCUGGUUGGCUUCCUGACUUCCUCCACUAGUCACAAUAAAGAGCAGCACAAUCUGGUUUCUCUCUGCAGUACAACUCGGCCAAUUGGCAAUUGACUUUUACUGGACCUCUAGGGAGAAUAGUUUAGAAGUGAAAAAAUAUCCAGUCCAAAUGCAGUGACUUUUGUUGAGGUUUUCAUCUGUAGACUGUAGUAACACUUGAUUAAUGUGAAAUUGCCCUUACUCGACAUCUACCAGGUCAGUUUAGAACGGACGGACCUGUCUUGUAUAAAUAAAGUUCGUUUUUAGUUACGGUUCGCUCAAUAGAAACACUAUAGGCUAACAAGGAUAAUCCUCUUUGCACCUCCAGAGAGAAUAAAUGACAAAUAAAAUAAGUUUAAAUCGACAAUCACCUUCUUGCAUUUCAGUUCUCUCACACUAACUUCUGAGAAGUUCCAGGCGGUAUCUGGCUCUUCGGAUGAUAGUUUCAGAGUGUGGAAUCUGGAUACUAGCGCACACUUGAAACAAGACAGGUCACGCGGUCAUUCAGAGUCGGUCAUUGCCAUUGCAGUGACACAUGAUGGCUCGAGAUGUGUUACCGCUUCCUUUGAUGGCUUUUUCAAAGUAUGGAUGUGUGAAAACAAAAAGGAAUGCUUUACUUUGAAAGGUAUAAACAAAAUUGUGUAUUUGAGCCGGUUUUCUUCUUCAACCGUAACGAGAUGUUACGUAUUCUUUUAAGUCUGUUACAAACGAGCUCGUUUUCUAUGAUAAGUUUUCAUAUGACAAGCUUUAUUUACUUGCCUGUAAUGGCAACUUGCAUAAUUUUUUUUCAUGACAAGUACAGAUGUUGACUUGUCUUCGAAAAACUUGGCAAUGUUUAAAUUUUGGUCGUCUGUAUGGGUCAACAAAUAAAAUUUGACAAGGUUAUUUUUAAAGCACUUCCAUGCAGUGGACAGCGAUAAUGAUGUGGUUAUUAUAGAUGUGUUUGAAAUUUUCAUCCAACAAAAACCCUUCUCAACCGUUAGUUCUAUCGAGCGAGAUCACAGGGGGUCGAACUAACAGCUGUGUUAUGAAUAAAACAUAUUAAUUAAACGUAAUAUGAAUAAAACAUCAUAACGUAAUAUUGCACUUACUUGUAUAAAUCAUAAGAGCUUGCAUUUUAAUACAGUGAAUAGCUUCAAAAACUUGCUUCGUUCCAAAGACUUCAAAUAUGGCGAAUAAAUUGACAAAACGAUAAUAUUACAUGACGUUCCAACGAAAAUAACAGAAAGGAUUGUGGGCGCGAGCGGAAGGCGGGGUAAUAUAUAUUAAUAGAAGGGAUGAAACACCGGUAAUGCGAUCGUGUGAUGUGUUCCAUAAGUAGCCUGUUCUCUCGGAAAAUUCCAAAAUGCCUCCUGCCAACUCCAACAACGCCUACGCGCUUAAUUAAUUAAAAUAAACAAUGUUUAGCUAUACCGGCUAAUAUGAAAUGUUUAAAUGUAGCGACCAACUUUUUUUUUACAUUAUUUAGUUUUAUUAUUAUUUCGUCAUACGUCACGAGAACAGGCUACUUAUGGAACACAUCUCGCGAUAAUGGCCAAGAAUGCUCGCUGUUAUAAAUCCCAUAAAUUAGAUUGAUCAGUGCUUUUUUGGUAAUGACUAGGCUUGUUCAUGUAAGAGAACAUCGACUGAGCCUUAAAAACCCCACAAAAAGCUUAAACGGAUAGUCUAGAAGCAUUUUAAAAAGUCACGUGAUAUUUGUUUCAUCCCUUCUAUUUAUUUCUUCCCUAGCCUUCCGCUCGCGCCCGCAAUCCUUUCUGUUAUUUUCGUUGGAACGUCAUGUAAUAUUAUCGUUUUGUCAAUUUAUUCGCCAUAUUUGAAGUCUUUGGAACGAAGCAAGUUUUUGAAGCUAUUCACUGUAUUAAAAUGCAAGCUCUUAUGAUUUAUACAAGUAAGUGCAAUAUUACGUUAUGAUGUUUUAUUCAUAUUACGUUUAAUUAAUAUGUUUUAGUUCGACCCCCUGUGGCGAGAUGCCCAAAUUAACGAUAAUGAUAUUAGGUAUGUCGUAAAAGACAUCACCUACCAGGUUCGUUUGGUUAAAUAUAUUGAAAGAAAAUAGUACGAAACGCUGUGUUUAAGAGUUAAAAACAGCACUGAAAGGAAAAAAAAUUGUCUUGUGACCAAGGCACAGCUAAUCUAAACUAAUUGUCUAAAUAUCAAUGUUUCUAAUCUAGUAUUAUUCAACAGUUAUCGUGGCGGCCAGACAACCAAAAAUUUAUCAUAGAAAAUUUGUUGUACAUACACACGCGCAAUUAGUACUUAAAAACUUGUGAUAGAAAACUUGCUCGUCUGUAACAGGCUUUAUUUCCUGACAACUAAUGAUAUGGGCGCAAAAGAAAAUCGGUAAGAUACCGUUGAAGUGGAGAACAGCCUUAUUUUUAUACGAGACAAGAACCAUCUGUCUGACGGAUCUCUCUUAACAAAACCGUGUUUUAUAAGUUAUUGAAUAGGGUUAAUCUAUACUGCUUAAUGUUGACACAUUGCAGGGUAGGAGGACAAUGCUGAGGAUAGCGGAGUUUAUGUGACUUUAACCAUAGAUUUAAGCAGGAACGCUCCGGACAUGAGCGAAAAUAUGCAAAUGAUGUUUACACUGUCUGCCUUGCUUUGGUCUACAUUUUGCUAAAAUAAACAAUAUUUGGCUUAAGCUAAAGUCUAAGAUUUCUGGCUGUGUAAACGUAUCACAAUUGCCCUAGCUCAGGCCAGGCAAAAGGUAGUAUAACCCGUGUUCCUAUCGAAUAAUAACACCGGUCAAGAAAGACAGAAAGUUAAAUUAAACUUGUUUUAUUCACAUAAUUUCGCUUUAAAAUAUAAAACUAAAUAUUCACCCAAAGGCUAUCGUUUCAACUUCGAGAAUGCUGCUCUCUUCACUUCCUGUCAUGUGACACAAUGGAACUAAGCUAAACUAAACUAAAGCGGGGAGGGGUAGUACUUUAAAAACCCUAAACAGCUAUUCCCCACACACUCUCCCCCACUUUAAGUGUGUCCAUCCACACGCUAUUCCAACGAAACACCCGUACUAUUGUCUAUAGGGUGAUCAAGCCUAAACAAAUCUAAAUGCAAGUUUUACCUGUUACUAUACUAGCGCCGUCCUAGCUUGUUUAAUACAGUUCAGAGACUGUUCAUUUUUUCUUUGCAUCUUUUAUGCAGCAUCACAAGUUCAAUUCUUUUUUUUUUCAAGAAUACCUAAUAUUAACUAAAGUAUCUGAUAAACCAUCUAUUAUGCAUAUGCACAGCUUGGACCGCCGUAGUAGACGGGUGGUUGUCUGUACAAAGGUGGAGUAGCAAUCUGGGGAAUGGGUUGUGGAAAGCGUAGGUAAUUAUUGGGAAAGCGUUGGGGGUAGAAAUGAUUGGGAAAAGGUUGAGGGUAAAACGUAGGCAUGCUAGGAUAUGGAGGAAAAGGGGAACAAAACAUCUCUUGUGGAGGGAACAAUCUUCGUUUACCGUCUGUACACUUGACAAAUAAGGGGGGAAAUUCUGUCGGAUUACCCAUUGCGUCGUAAUUUAGCAUGUUAGGUGGCCGUCGCGUCCGAACUGACCAUCGAAGCACAGCUUCCUCUGUUGGAUCUUCGGUCUCGGCAGUGUCUGUACGAGUUGCUGGUUCUUGUAUUGGUUCAUCGGUAUCAUGACCGUGAUUAUCAUCGAAUUGUUCCUGUAACCCAGCGUCCAGUACUUCACAAGUUGCCGCAAGUGUUUCGGCCAAAUUUUCUGUUGUUGUUGCAGGCUGGUUAGCAUACACUUCAGCAGGAGUAAAUCCGCAAAAUUCUUCAUCAUCACUGUCACGUUCAGAUUCUUCAUAUUCCGCACCUUCCCCACUAUUUUGAGCCUUCCGUUCAUUUCUUAAACGUUCAGGUUUAACCGAUGGUAUGAGAUCCAUUGAAUUAUCUGGGGACAAGAAGUCGCAAGGAAGGAGCAGAUUUCUAUGUAGAGUUCUUUUCUUGUUCGUGGCUAGGCCCUCGGGUUUCACCACGAAUACUGGCAUUUCUCCUUUCCACCACGACGUGAAUCUGAUCUUCUCAGUGGGACCGGAGUUUCCCAGGCCCACCACGUUCAGAGAGGUUUCGUACCAGGACUCUGUCUCUUAGCUUUAAUUCUGUACAACGAAUCUUCUUGUCGUAGUGCUUCUCCCCUAUUUCUGCAGACUUUCUGCUGUUUUCUAUCGCCUUCGCAUAAGCUUCUUUCAUUGCUCCCUUCCAUUUUUUCACAUACUGUGUGUGGUUUCCAGUGGUUGUGGUAGGUGAUAGUCCGAAGAGGAGAUCUAUUGGUAACCGUGGAGGGCGGCCGAAUAGUAAAAAGAAUGGCGAGAACCGUACCCGGUAGCAUUGUUCACUGUGCAAUUAUAUGAAUGAACGACCUUAUUUACCGACAUAUGCCAUUUGCUUUUCUGAUUUUCUGGUAAAGUCCUUAACAUAGCCAGUAACGUUCGAUUCCGUUCAGCCUUGCCGUUGGCCUGAGGAUGGUAAGGUGUUGUUCGACGUCGACGAAUUCCAGUGACCUUUUCUAACUGAUGGAAUAGAUUGUUUUCAAAUUCUCUACCUUGAUCAUGUGGUAUAUGAGCAGGGAAACCAAACCGAAGGAUAAAGUCAUUAUACAUUUUUUCUGCUGCGGUUGUACUCGAUUUAUUUCUAGUCGGAUAUGCUUGUGCGAAGCGAGUGAAAUGGUCGACGAUAACCAAUAUGUAUUCAUAUCCGCCAGAACUUUUCUCGAGAUGCAUGUAAUCGAUUGAUAUCAAUUCGAACGGGGAACACGUUGUUAUACUACAUAGUGGUGCACAUGUUGGUCGAGAGGGUCUACGUUGUUUGAGACAACCGCAAACAUUAAUUAGUAACAAAAUGUGUUAUUUCGCGUUCCAUAUUAGGCCAAUAGAAUCUUUUUCUCGCUAAUUCUCUCCGUUCCUAAAUGUCCCAUAUCCUGGUGCAGUUCUUUGUAAACCGUAGGGAGAAAUUUUCUUGGCAAAACGAGUUGUGUGUAUGGACCGCUUUCGCGACGUAGUAAUCCGUCCUUUCCAAUCUUAAGUUUAUGCCAUUGCUGCAACAGGGUCUCUCGGUAUUGGGUAGUUCAUUUUUCGCAUCAUGAAUGGAUGAUAAAUAAAUGAUCGUACCUUACCGAUCGACAGAUCUUUUUGUGCCUUGAGAAUUACAUCAUUACCGAUGCUCAAUCUACACCCAUCGUUAGUUAGAAAAUCGUUAUCAAUAUCCGGGAGAACUUCGUCGAGUGUUAGAGCUGUAACCCAUGUAGCGUUUCCAUAUUGCUGUGCGGUAAUACCCGUAAUUACAGCCUUGAUGUUUUCACUAGGUACCUCCUCCGUGCACAUUUCUCGGUAAUUUGCCAAGUCUACAGGCAUCCUUGACAAAGCAUCUGCAUCUUGGUUAUUACGCCUCGGGCGGUUUGGUUAUUACGCCCCCGGCCGUACUUUAUGUCGAAUAUGAAAUCCGCGAGUUCGGACACCCAGCGAUGACCCGUUGCAUUUAAUUUAGCUGUUGACAGUAUGUAUGUUAAUGGUUAUUAUCUGUAUAGAUCGUAAAGUUCGGGGCAUAGUAUAAAAUGUCUCGAAAGUGUUCGCAGACAGCCCACUUUAAGGCUAAGAAUUCUAACUUUCCAGCAUGGUACCUUCUUUCUGCAGGGCUUAGGGAUCUCGAACCAUACCCGAUUACUCGCAUCUUUAUCUCUUACAUUUGAUACAACACAGCGCCUAGUCCCUGAAGUGAUGCAUCUGGUUGACUAUAAUCUGGGUAACCCAGGAUGAGACAAUCAAGAAGUUCACUGAGAGCAUUCUGGUGUUGGCUUUGCCACUGAAUUGGUUGUGAUGAUAGUACACUGUUUUUCACAUUACUCGAGUUAGAAUUCAUAUUAGGUGGAGCUUGUAACAAAUCGAAUAGUGGUCUUGCGAUUCGUGCAAAGUCCUUAAUAUAUCUCCGAUAGUAGCCGAGAAGUCCCAGAAGUUUCUCGUUAUUCGCCAAUUGUCUUCGGUUCUGAGUCCUUUAAUGCUCUUACUGCUUCAGUCUUUCCUGGGUCGAGUCUGUACCCCUCCGCUGACACAAUCUGUCCCAAAUAGUUAAAUUCCCUUUGAAAGAAAUUACACUUUUCUGGUUUUAACUUAAUUCCAUUGGCACGUAAUCGUUGCAUAACCAAACGGACAUGCUCAACGUGUUCAUCAAAUGUUUUACUAAAUAUAAUAAUGUCAUCUAAAUAUUGGAUGCAAAUGUCCUCUUUGAGACCCUCUAGGCAGUGUUCCAUCAACCUUUGGAAUUCUCCGGGUGCAUUUCUAAACCCAAACGGUAUGCGAACCCACUUGGAUAAACCCCACGGGGUGAUAACCUUGAUGAUAGGCCUUCCCCUGAUCUAACACUUUGAACCAUUUGUUGCCACCAAGGCUUUCGAGCGUCGCUUGCACUCUUGUAAUGGAUGUCUAUCAAGUACUGUCUUCUUAUUUAGUUGUCUGUAAUCCACGCAUAGCCGAAGGUUCCCAUCUUUUUUUCUGACACAGACCACUGGCGAUGAAUACGACGAACGUGAUUUUUGAACAUAUCGCUUAUUCAGUAAAUCCUCGACAUACUGUUUAAACUCCGGAUAUAGAGGUCGUGGAAUACCUGUGUAAUUCUUCUGUACUGGAACUGAAUCUGUAAGAUGAAUAUUCAUUUGUAGACCUUUAGCAUCGCCAAUUUCACCAGACUGUAUAACAUCCAUUGGGUUUAUUGAUCUCGCCAUUUGAAGCGUUCCUAACACAGUUCUCCUUUUCAAUACAAUAGCACGAUUACUGGGAUUGUUAACUUGAAUACUGACUCGAGCUCCUCUUGACACAACUGUGAGUGUUUCUGGUACUUCUAGUCCAUCCGCCCAAGGACAUUCUGGGUUGGGCUCGAAUAACGCUGGUACUCGCAUUUCCAAGGGACCAACAUCAACAUGACAAACUACCUUUACCGAUUGACCUGGUUGAAUUACUAUGUCUGGUUUAGUAGUUUUAACAUUACACAAGUCAUAGAUCCUUUCCGAUUGUAAAAACGCCACUAGAGCCUCAACUUCUGCACGUUCAAUAUCCAUUAAACUACAACGUAGCACAUCCACAAAAGAUGUCUGUUUGCCUUGGUUAACUUUCACAGCCGAUUUUCUAGUAAUUUCUUGAAUUACAUUAUAGCCCACAACCGGUAAAUCGAGAACAACCUUGCUGACUAAAAAUGGUAUUUUUAACCCAUAGUCACUAUUUGUCCCGAGAAGUGAAAAGUCAAUGUCCACCCACAAUAUGGCAGUGCAGUUCCAUUUGCUGCUUUUAGCUCUAGUUCGUUAACCCCGAGAAGUUCCUCCACUCCCUGAAUUUUUGCCUUUGGCAAAUGUUCCUGAAGCCAAGCACUAGAAACAAUUGAAACUUGGGCCUCUGUGUCCCAGAGAGCAGUUGUCUUCACCCCAUUCAAUGAACAUUGUACAGUACAUUUCCUCCCCACCAACCGUGUAAUAUUUUACUUAAUUUUUCGAAAAAUUGGUAUUGUUUACUUCCCAGUACCAACACCGUCACAUUCAGCAGAAAAUCCGCAUUUAACAAGCCUUCAAAACCGUAUUUUUACGACUAAGACGACAGAAUAUAAACCCGUACUCAAGCCUUGACGAAAUAUAUCCACAUCUUUGCGCAGUAUUUUCAACGUUAAAAUCCCUUUGUGGGUCCUGGCAGGAUCGCCAAAAUGUAACUCGUGUUCCUAUCGAAUUGUAAAACCGGUUUAUUCACAUAACAACUUGUUUUAUUCACAUAAUUUCGCUUUAAAAUAUAAAACUAAAUAUUCUCCCAAAGGCUAUCGUUUCAACUUCGAGCAUGCUGCUCUCUUCACUUUCUGUCAUGUGACACAACGGAACUAAGCUGAACUAAAGGGGGGAGGGGUAGUAAUGCAAAAACCCUAAACGGCUAUACCCCUCACAGUAGCAGUUUGAACACGGCUUUUGUAUAAACACAAGGCAAAAUCGCAGUCUAGCUACAGUAGCACUAUAUUUAUAAUAUAGUAACACAUGCUCGUAUAGGAACACCAUACGCUUUAUAUUUUCAGUUCGUAUUUUCUGUGUUUAUAUAGUAUACAUGCACAUAGAUUGAUCAACCGUGUAGACAAUGAAUUACUCUUGUAAAUUUCUGUAUAUAUGCCGAUAGUUGACGGACGUCUGUGUUUUGCGUUAAUACACAGACUAAUAAUCAGACAUACUCCCUUCCCAAGUUUGUCCAGUUUCCAGACGGUUAUUAUAGGGACCUUCAGAUUGACGUUUUUUCACGAAUAUCUCAAACGGCUAGCUAUCGCGUGACUACAUUCCCGCGGUGGAUUUUCUGUAAAUUUUCAGGUUUCCAACUUGUGCAAAUUGUUUUGACGUACAGAAAAUAUCAAGCUUUAUCCUAUAGUAUUAACUAGAAUAAAUGCUUGUAAUAUUAUCUUAACUUCAUAUUGCACUAAGUUUGAAAGACGAAAAACGCAAAACUACCUCUCUCCUCUGCAGCCCUUGGCUAUGCCUUAUCCAAAAGAAGGUCGAAAGAAUGCUUAAUUGGCGAAAUAAUGCUAUAUCGUUGAUUUCCUCUCCGCAUUUUGAAAAACGUGCUCCAAACUUUCCCAGAAAGUGUAUAAUACCAAGACGCUGAUACCAUGCAGUAACAUAAUAUUGUACCUAAUAGUACCAGUAACAAAAUCUACAAAAGAUUAUAUUGUUUAAGGUUGAAAAAUAUAAUGACAUUUCAACUGCAUGGGAAAUGACCCGCCGAAGUUGUACUUCGACAAUAACCACAUUGAUGAACACUCAACACGUUUUUUUACAGACACUGUAAUCGGGAAUAUUGAUUAUUAGAAGCGCAGAGAUGGCUGAAAUACAACCCCAAAUUGCCACAAAUUUUCUACGCCAGGGUUGUACUAGCUUUUAAAAAAAAUUGUGGAAGCGAAUUUGUGUGAUAAUUUUUGUUUAGAAAGUGUCGCACAUAAUGUGCAGUAGUGUUUACCUCACACCGUAUCGAAUUUAAAAAGCUGGUAUUGCCUAAUUGCCCAUCCUUACUGUUAUUCUGUGUUGCUCUAGCUCAGCGAUUAAAGCCUCUACUGAGGAGAGAGUACAGCUGUCAAAACAAGAUGGGGGUCUAUACUCUAAACCAUCUAUGAUUUUGUACUUCAAUCUCAAUCUUCACAAAAUUUAUUGCUUCUGCAGGACCGGUUGUUCAAAAGGCGAUCAGCGCUAAUCCUGGGUUAACUUAAAAUUCAAAGCACACUUCCUGACAGCUUGUUUUUUAAUUUGCAAAUGUUUCUUCACAAAUCAUUUUUGGAUCAAUAGGAGUUUUCUUUUCUGACUUUUUGAAAUAAAUCGACAUGCAGAAAUAUGCAAACUAAAACAGCGAGUUCAAUUUUAACCCUGGGUUAACGAUAAUCUACCUUUGAACAACCGGCCCCCGGCAUCUAAACUGAAACUGCAGAUUUCUGAAAUAAAAAUUUUAAACCUCAAUCUUAACAUCUCUAAUGUCUUAUUAUUUUACUUAUCCAUCACUAGAUCCCAAGGGAUAUCCAGAAAAUGUUGCAAUCUCCGCUGAUGAUCGCCAUGUUGUGUCGCUAUCGUCAGAUUCCUUGUCAUGCUCGAUAAAGGUAUAGUAAAGACCAGAAUACAUGCAUGUGAAUAUCAUGAUAGGCCUUCCAUGGAGGGUGCAUGAUUACCGCCAAAAUUAAUAUUUGAAUUUUGCAUUCCAAGUUCUAGAUUUUGUUGUUCGUUCGUAUUUUGAAUUGAAUUGAAUUUUGAUAUUAGAGAAUUGAAACUUGAUGUUCGCAAUUGAAUUUGGACUCCUAUUUACGCAUUCUGUCCUUGAGCAUUCCAUUGUGAUGACGUCAAAUUAUGCGUGACGCUCAGAACACAAUUUUUAACUCGUAUUUAAUAGUAAUUUAUUUCCCGCAAAUAAUUUUAAUGUUACAUGCAUGCAAUGUGAUCAUAUAUAUAAAUUUGUAGUAAAUGAUAUUACAAAAUGGCGGAAAGAAGUGAUGGUCUAGAGUUCUCAUAUCAUCUUCGGAAUUCCAUUGUAAGCUGUAUUGCAGACCUUGAAGGAAAUCCAGAUCGAGACUACAGCAUUUUUCGCAUCGACUCGCUUUAUCACACUGCUCUUAGAUUCGACAAAGCGUUUGAGUUAGAUGAAUCUUUUACUGAUUUAAUUUCACAAGCAAAGAACUUGCUCUUUGAGAGCCAUGUUGGUACAGAGUUGUUAAACACAUUUGUAUGUCCAUAAGCCUAUGGCUUAAAAUAACUUGUUUAUCCCCAAGAAUUACUUCGACCACGCUUCGCCGGACGUUGGGCGAAGGGUCGCCGGUCACCUAAAUUCAUCGUAGUUCACCUAAAUUCAUCGUAGUUCACCUAACGCAAGUGCAAUUGCGAACUUCAAAAUUUAAUUCUUUGAUUAUCAAAAUUCAAUUCAUUGACACGAACAACAAAAUCUAGAACUUGGAAUGCAAAAUUCAAAUAUUAAUUUUGGAGGAAAUUACCCUCGGUGAUAGCCUUCUCCCCAUAACUUUAGAUUUGUGUCGAAAAUGUCCGCAGCACGUCUGCCUGGAAAUUAUUGACAAAAGUCUUCCGUAGAAUUUUUCAGGAUGUCUUAGAAUAAAUAUCCCUCUGUAGAAGACCUGGUUGAACGCAAAAUUUCUCCCAAGUUUCCACCCAAUUUUUGGCCCGGUUUCUAAAGCCCCGCACAGACGAGCAAUUUCUCGUUGACAAGUUUCUUGUCAAGAUUAUUUUCUCCUGUGCACGACAAACAAUUUUUGUGAUCAAUUUUUCCGUGACCAGUUUUAUUACGAGCCUGCAUGUUGCGACACGUCCGAAUACUUCAUGUUCUACUAUAUAGGCCUGAAGACGAAUGAAACUUUAAUACUAUGUACUGCAUUUUCAAAUCAAAGCAUUUCCUUGUCAAUUUUUCCUGGGGGGUCGUACACACGAACAGUUUUCCUGGUUCAAAAGCUGGCAUAACCAGCUUUUGCCAUACACACGAGCAAAUAAAACUUGUCAAGGAAAAAUUGCUCGUUUGUGCGGGGCUUAAAGUACCAGGGCAUCAAAUAUAAAGAACUGCCAUACUUUCAAGGAGACUAAAGUCUCCACAGGGAGGCAGUUGCCCCUCCACCUUUUAUCACACGGGCAAGCUGGUAGGUUUUCGUAUAAGGUAUAAUCAGGGGUUUCAUAAUGAUUUGAAGUAGGCGGCUGUACCAAAAAAGUAGCCGGCUGUGACUGAUAGUUAAAACAUCGCGCGGAGAGGGGGGCGUGCCCUCGCAUGGAAAUUUAAAAAAUUUUCGCCGCAAAUUAACAAUCAAAUAAUAUAGAAAAAGUAAAAAGAUAAAGUACAACUGUUAACAUGUUAGAUUUGAAUGUCAUUUGCAUUUAUACUUGUAAGUGACAAUGUAUUUUAAUGUGCUACUAGUAGUUUAAUUUUUACAGCUGCAUGAACAGAAUGACAAUGUACACUAUUAGUAUUAAUUUAUGAGUCCGGGAUCAUUAAUCAAAUGAUGUUAUACUUAUGUACGUAAUGCAGUGUUGUAACGAGUCGAGUCAUUGACUUGGACUCGAGUCAACUCGAGUUGCCAUUUUCAGCGACUCGACUCGAGUCAAAAACGAAAAAUGACUCGACUCGAGUCGAGUCAACAGCCCCAAAUGACUCGACUCGGACUCGACUUGCUGAUUUUGCCGUAAAUUACUCGAGUCAACUCAGCUACAACUUGUAGAGAAUAAAUUCAUCAAAAUUAUUGUGAUUGUGUUGCUUGGGAAAUACAAUGAGCCCUGUGAGAACAAUGAGAACUUCGAAAUUUUAUCAGAAAAUAUUUGGGAUUUGCAUAGAAUACAGUAUAUUCCUGAAGGGCAUGUCUAUAUUACAUUUCUGUUUUUAGAAACAACACUUAUGUACUUAUGCUAAUUCUGACUGGCUAUCUUCGUUUUUGGUAUUUAUGAAGUGCUAUAUAAUUUCAAAUUAACUUACAAAGCAUGGUUAAGUAGAGUCUAUUCUUUGUUAAUUCUGACUCCAGUUGCAAGUUAUGCUAGUUGUAUAUACGUACACUCGAUCAGCAGGCAUGAUGAGACAUCUCAUGUGGUUGUACUUAAUAUUGACUAUAACUGUAAUAUUCGUACAGCCUAUGGCUACUCAGAUACUGUUAUUACAUGACUAAAGUGAUUAGCUUAAAACGUAGAUUUGAUUACUAAUUUCAAACUGCAAGCUAAAGUAGCAAACCCUUACAAAAAGCGUGAGGUGGACCGUUCUCGUCCCCAGAGCCAUUUUCACUCGGUCACUCUUUGAAAAGUACGCUGUGGGUUAGGCGACUAAAGCGAGAGAUCUGAUUGGCUUCUCAGAGAAAUCCUAUUUCGCAGAAGUUGAGCAGUUUUAGCUAGGAAAAAUUAUUCUAUCAACAUAUGUCAACGCAAGUACUUCGUGUCUUCGUAAUACUUAAUUUUGAAAAUUGUUACGGGUGCUAAAGUGUCCCAAUUUAAGACCAUGCGCUUUAGAAACUACUGCAAGUUUACUUGCACUUCCGGUUCCGUAUGUUUCAGGGCCUAGGGAGGUCGCGCGCGGCCAAGAGACCCUGGGGACAAGGAUGUGGGUGGACUUGACUGAAGUUAAGUCUAGCUAUUGGCUCGACUCGACUUAAACCAAUGACUCGACUUGACUCGAGUGAAACUGCUGACUCGACUCGAGUGAAGCCACUGACUCGACUCGAUCAGAAACUGAAAUGACUCGAUUCGACUCGUGACUCGACCUUUGAGUGACUCGACUCGUGACUCGACCUAUAGGUGACUCGUUACAACACUGACGUAAUGAACUUUACUUCAUCACUUUAUCAUAAUUAAUUUACUUUCAAAGCAUUAAUUAGUCACUUGAAAAACAUUUACCAAGGUAGCUCUGAAUCUGACUCGUUCUCUGGCUCACUGUCAAAUUCUGAUUCCUCAAUGCUUAAGUCACUGCCAGAGUCAAUCAGAGUCAUCUUCCUGUUCAGGAAGAUUCAGAGCCGCUGACCAUUUGCUACGAAAUUCAAGAUGGCGACGAGAAAACAAAGAAUGUUUAUAUUAUCGCUUUUUCGACAGCAAUUUAAGAAAGCAAGCUAUGUUUGGUACUAUGUAUUAUUGAUCUUCCAAACUAAGUGAUGUUUUGAACUAAGAAUUCUAGCUAUAGCGUUCUUUACUAAACUUUAUUUUUCUUGUCCUUGUAUUUCUUUUAAACAAGUUUUAUGUAGCACUAGUCAGUGAAUUGACAUCACAGAUCCGAAACGACAAGACAAGACAAAAAACUUUAUUGACCCAUUUUUACAACAAUAAAGACAUUAAAUAAAUAAGUAGACAUUUUACAAUUUUAUUAUAGGGUCCUGGCAAUCCUGAAAUAACCUGGGAUAGCUAAAAAUACAGGGUUAUAGGUGUUGGCGCGGUUAUAAGACGUAGAAAUUAUGUAAAUUCUGUAAUCCUCCGAAUAUAGGCCAACCCGAACACAAGUCCCUCCGUGUAUAAGCCUCUCUGUGUAUAAGCCCAUGGGCUUAUUAUUGGACAACAGCUCAGACGCGUGACGAUAAUUACAUUACAGUAUUAUAAUAAGUUGUCCAACUUGUUUUAUUAUGUGUUACAUAUUGUCUGUUUAUAUUUCUUUUCGUUCACGAUGUAGUUUACAGGUACAAUAAAUAUUACUAACACCAAAUGUGGUCCGUAUAUAAGCCCCCCAUAUAUAAGCCCCCUCCCCCCGAUUGGAUAGGCCCGUCAAAAAGUCCUUACCAAUGAAUAUAACCCCAGGUCUUAUAUUCGGAGGUUUACGGUAACGUAGUAGUUUGAGGAAGAACGCCGUACUAGAAUGUUCAAGGGAAUACAAUUUAUAGUCGCCUGGAGCAGAAAUGCUAUUGUUAAUGAACACGUAUUCAUUGACGUUGCCACUGUAUUUCGCAAACUCAUGCACUGUAAUUAGCAUUACUGAUGUGACCUUCAAAAUUAAUGAAAAUAAAUUAGAGUAACUGUGUUUUAAAUGUACAAUAAUGAACAAUUAUUGGAUGAGGUUGAGCAGGGUAUCCAGAAUUUUCCACCGGGGUCAAUGUUUUCUGCCGAAGGCUGAGGCAGAUAACAUUGACCGAGGUCUGAAUAAUUCUGGAUUCCCUGCGUUCGCCGAAUCCAAUAAUAGUUUUAUUAUUUAUUCUGAUACAGUAACGAAUAAGACAAAUAAAAAUUAAAAACAAAUGAAAGUUCAGUAAAUUCAUUAACUUCUCGUAAAAUUUCCCGCCAAUAUCUCGGGCUACGUCUAGUAAGCUCUACAGAUUACUGUUUCCGCUGAAAAUAGUACAGGCACCUACAAAUACUUAAAAUUAUUUGCAGGUUUUAGCCAAUGAGAACACAGUACAAUGAAUAAUAAUGCCAAAUAUUAACCCUCUACUUCUAGCUCAACUAGAAUAAGGAAUGGGGGUUGUUCAGCGUGGCCUCAGGCAGCUGGAACAGCAGACCGGAAUGGCGGAAUCCGAACCACACGAAUUGGUGGGGGAGGGGGAGACUCUGGGUUAGCCGUUUUCAGCGUGGGUGGACUUUUCUAUCUUUGCGUUAUGAAUAAUUAUAUUAUCGAAGGUUAUUUCAUUUCCCAAAACAGAAACCCGAGAGAGAAUACCAAGAAAGUCCCGGCAAAAUCUCCAAACUUUCCACGGGAUUUUCGAGAUCCCAAAACUCUUGAACACUUGUUUGGAGUGAUACACUCUUCGAGUUGGAAAAUGCGAUGUAAAUUAGAGUAUAAUAUUUAGUAUACAGUAUAAUUAUUUGCCAUAAUAAAGAUCCGGGUUUUUUCUUGUGCACACAUUAACCUGAAAGUGCGUAUGCCAGUUAAAGAAACAAAAAAUAGUAUGAGAUAAGCAACAAAUGGCAUUUAUGUUUACAUACAUUUAUGUUUACAUUUAUGUUUGCAAUAUAAGCAAAACUUAAUGAACUGCAAACUUCGUUUUCUCUUUGGCGUACCAGCUAAAAUUUCUUUAUUUUAGCAUUAUUUUAUUUUUGAUCAUGCGCUAAACAUACAUUUUAAGCAAUUAAAACGUGUAGAAAAAUUACGAAAUUAAUUUUGAAUUCGGUAGUUUUGAGCGUGUGUUACCUAACGUACAAAAUAUCUCCUUUUUUUAAGGUUUGGGACUUGCUUGAUGGCAAUCAGAUUUCUGGUAUUGAGCUUGAUAACAAAGCUGGGUUAGUUCGCUUCAGUACGGACGGGAGGCUAGUUAUAAUUGGAUGUGAAGACGAGCGAGUUGUUAUAUGGGAUUGGCAGAACUAUGAUAAAAAGCGGGUGGUCACCUUACCAUCGUCAUUCACCACAUUUGCCGAAAUAGCAUGCGAAGGGAACAUAAUUUACACGUGCAGCCGAAAUAUGAAAGUUUGUCAAAUCGAUCUCGGCUCGCUAGAAGUAUCGGCUGUUCGCCAAGGGCCCUAUCCAAAUUGUACACCUGUGGUUGUAUUACCAGACGGCAAAACAGUAUUGUUUUUGUCACUUGCUUAUAGUGGGCUUGCCAAGUGGACACUUUCGUUUAACAGCGUGUUCGUAUAUGAAGCAGGUACGUAA